AACUGCAUGUUAGCAUUGCUUUGGCGCUCAUCUAUCACAGGAAGCGGGACUGUGAAUGCUAAACUAGUGCAACAGUUGGAGGGAGAGAAACGGCACUGGCGGGAGGUGCUCAAGCGGGUUGUGGCUGUCAUUACAUUUUUAAGUGAAAGAGGGCUACCUUUCCGUGGCAACGAUGAAGUACUUGGGUCACCACACAAUGGUAACUUUCUUGGCAUUCUGGAGGUCAUCUCUCAGUUUGAUCCUUUUCUCGCUGAGCACAUUAAUAAGUAUGGACAGAAGGGAAGGGGCAGCACAUCCUACCUUUCAUCUACUAUUUGCGAGGAUUUGAUAAAGCAAAUGGGCGACAAAAUAAAAGCUACCAUAGCGGCAGAGAUACAACAGGCUAAAUAUUUUUCUGUGAUAGUAGACUCUACUCCUGACCUGUCACAUACUGACCAGCUGACAUUCAUUUUUAGAUUUGUGAGUAAAGAAGGUAAAAUAAUCGAACGAUUUGUUGACUUUGAACCAAUUGAGAGUCACACAGGGGAGAGUCUGGCUAACACUGUAAUGACUUUGCUUGACAGUUUCAGCUUAGAUAUUGCAAACUGCAGAGGCCAAGAAUAUGAUAAUGCCAGCAAUAUGUCAGGGCGUUAUAACGGGCUGCAGGCUCACUUGAAGAAAAAAAAUCCAUUAAUCCAUUACAUACCAUGCGCAGCACAUUCUCUCAAUUUGGUGGGUGUCAACAGUAUAGAAGGCAGCUGUCAAGAUGCAAGUAAGUUCUUUGACCUCAUGCAGUCCCUAUAUGCCUUUUGUGCAGGUUCCACUCAUAGAUGGAACAUAUUCUUCAAUAAUGCAAACAUCAAGCUAGACAUGACAUUGAAAUCGCUGUCAUCAACACGUUGGAGUUGCCGUGCAGAUGCCUCUAAAGCCCUUUGUGGAAAUUAUGCAAAAAUCAGGGAAAUACUUCCGAGCAUAUCGUCUGAUACAGGAGAAAAACGUGACACACGCAGUGAGGCAGCAGCACUGUGCUCAAAAUUGGGCACUCUUGAGGCACAGUUUUGGCACUGUAUCUUAAGCAGAUUCAAAGUGACAAGUGAGUCAUUACAAAAGGCUGACAUGGAAUUGAUGACUGCAAUUCAUCUGUUUGAGUCUUUGAGAUCAUGGGUUGUAUCACUUCGAGACCAAUUUGACCAUUUUGAAACAGCUGCAAAGAACGUUCCCGGUGUGUGCCAGUCAUAUAAAGAUGAACUGCAGCGGGUCAAAAAGCGCAAAGUGUUUUCAGAUGAAUCUACAGAGCAUGAAGUAACUCUGAAAGGCCGGGAGCGAUACCAGGUAGAAACAUUCAAUGUCAUUAUUGACAAGCUAGUCAGCUGUUUAGACCAUAGAGUGGAUGCAUAACGGAACAUUAAUAACAGGUUUGGGAUUCUACUGAACAUGCAAUCUAAGGAUUUGCCCACUGUUCGCAAACAAGCUGAUGUGCUCUGCGCUUCAUAUCGUUCUGAUUUAGAUCAGGACCCCAAUGUGUUUGUAGCCCUACGUAUUUUUUUGACAAUGCCGGUUACAAACUGUGAAGGAGAAAGAUCAUUUUCACAGAUGGCAAGAAUUAAAAAUGAACUCAGAACAAAGCAAACACAACAGCGCCUCAGUGCACUGUCACUAAUGGCCAUUGAAUCUCAGCUGGUCAGAGAUUUGGACUUUGAUGACAUUGUAACUGAGUUUGUUAACAGAAAAGCCAGGAAGAAGUAUUUCUAAGGGGAAGAGAGCCCCUGAGGAGGAGAGAGAGAAAGACAGACACAGCCCCUGAGAAGGAAAGAGAAAGACAGACAGCCCCUGAGGAGGGGAGAGACAGACAGACAGCCCCUGAGGAGGGGAGAGACAGACAGAGACAGCCCCUGAGAAGGAAAGAGAAAGACAGACAGCCCCUGAGGAGGGGAGAGACAGACAGACACAGCCCCUGAGAAGGAAAGAGAAAGACAGACAGCCCCUGAGGAGGGGAGAGACAGACAGACAGCCCCUGAGGAGGGGAGAGACAGACAGAGACAGCCCCUGAGGAGGGGAGAGACAGACAGAGACAGCCCCUGAGGAGGGGAGAGACAGACAGAGACAGCCCCUGAGGA